AUAUGCUGCAAGUGUGGCCCUAAAAAGAAAAAGAAAAAAAGUUACCCAACAAAAACUAUGAAAGAAUAUUUUGAGUGCUUAUUCUGUAUCAAGCACUGUGAUAAGUCCUCUGCAUACAUUUCUUAUUUAAUCUUUUUAACCACUUACUGGUGGUAAGUAGGAUCCUAAAUUUACAACUGAGAAACUGACCUAGAAAGGUAAUCUGACUUUCCUGAAGAAAUACAGGAAAGUAAUAUAAAGUAAAUACAAAUAAUGUAAAGAAGUCCUGAAUAGAAGCAGUACUAAUAUCAAAGACCCAGAAUUAACUAUAAGAAAUCAAAUAACUGUAAGAAAUGACUCAAUAUAUAAAAGGGGACAGCACUUUAUUGGGACAUUUUAACUGAGGAAUCUACCGUCUUUGAGGGUGGACCCUUAUUUACUUUGAAAUGAAUCAGGGGUGACUUCUGUUUCACCCUAUUUCACUGCCUUGCCUCCCCCAUCCCUUGGUCCCACAACAGAAAAAGGUCAGAGAGGGAGGGCAAGUACAGCCUGACGCGGUCCUUUCUUUUUCAAGUCACAGCACCUCUUUUCAUGACAGCGUUUUUAACUUAGGUAAAAUGAUAAAUUACAAACACCCAAGAGCAGAAAUCUUGCAUCGACCACAGAGGCAAUGUCUGUAACUGUUGUCUUUUUCCCAACGGCUACUGGCACGCGCCCCAGCCUCCCUCUGCGUGGAGUUCGUGGAGUUCGGUGCCUUUGGAAGGAAAGGGGCGUGUGACGCAGAUGCCGUCGCCUAAGGCCGCGUUCUGAUUCAGACCUUAAACUCCUGGGUGCCCCACCGGCUCUAAGCCGGCCUAGCCUCGGUUUCCCCACUUCUAAAGAGGAGGGGCUAUGCUGCCCAGUUUUUUGUUCCUCUCCAAGCACAUUAGCACUUCGCUGGUGUCCCUGCGCAGUGCGUGCCUCUGCUUCGCGCUCCCACCGCGCUGCCUCCCUGGGCGCCCUUGGGGCCACCAGCCUGCCGCCCUCAGCCGACCACUGGCCGCAGUCACCUACUGUCGGGGUCCAGCAGGGCCCUCCUGCGCCCCCUCUCGUGUGCGCCAGAACUUUUACGCUGACUCUGAGGCCGCCAUCAACCGCCAGAUCAACCUCGAGCUCUAUGCAUCCUAUGUGUACUUGUCCAUGGCCUAUUACUUCUCUCGAGAUGACGUGGCCUUGCACAACUUCGCCAGAUAUUUCCUUCGACAGUCCCGGGAGGAGACCGAGCAUGCAGAGAAGCUGAUGCGGCUGCAGAACCAGCGGGGAGGGCAGAUCUGUCUGCAGGACAUCAAGAAACCGGACCAGGACAACUGGAAAAGCGGGCUGAAUGCCAUGGAGUGUGCUCUACUCUUGGAAAAGAAUGUGAACCAGUCAUUGUUGGAAUUGCACACUCUGGCCUCAGACAAAGGUGAUCCCCAUUUGUGUGAUUUUCUCGAAACCCACUACCUGAAUGAGCAGGUGAAGUCUAUCAAAGAACUAGGUGACCACGUGCACAACUUGAUUAAAAUGGGGGCCCCAGAUUCUGGUCUAGCAGAGUACCUUUUUGACAAACAUACCCUUGGAAAUGAAAACAAUCAGCACUAACCCACAGGCCGCCUUUUCCACCAGCCAGGGUGUGCCAGGACCCAGAGUCACUUGUUUUCGCCUUUCUUUUUUUAUACUCUUUUGUUAAAAUGUCCCAAUAAAGUGAUUUGUAGAGAAAAUGUAUUUAGCCUCAUGUUAACAAUAGCUUUUGCCCAGCAUCAAUGUAGUUUUCCUAGCCCAGGAUAAGGCGGUAUAAAAAGGACUGCAAAAGAACUACUGAAAUAGAUGCAAACUAAAUGUAUCCAGUUACCAAAUAUUAUUCCAGACUGUGACUCUUCAUUAAAAUUUCAUGAUUUUUAACUCAACAAGUGCCUGAUAUUUUUGAAACCUUAUGCUAAAGACUAAAAUGGGAAAAUGUGUAAGAUAAAUAUGCAAAAAACUAAAGAUGAAGAAGAUAUAGUACUGUAAAAAUCAUACAUGCAAAAUUCUGUGACAAUGUUUAACCUUUCCUAAAGUAUGAUCUGUUUUUAAAGGAUUUUAUGAUCAAAUAAAUUCAAGAAAAGCUGCAAAAAGUAUCAGUGCUGGCCUUGGAAAGUCACAAAGUGUAUUAGCAUUUUAAGGGCUCUGGGAAGUCACAAACACAAAAUCCAAACAAAAGAAUCUUUCAUUAUUUUUUGUUUAGCUCAGUGUUUCCCAGGCAUAUCCAAUCUCAACUAGUUUUUUUGUGUGUCUGUGCAUGCAUUUUAACAACAAUAAUAUAACUAUACAGAUCUGUCUGAUAACAGACUAUUCAACCUCCCUUUUAACAUACCAAAAGAGCAAAUACAGUGCAGAAAACACCAUCCUGUGGCCUUUAACAUGGAGCAGAAAGAACACUGGGAUGGGAAAGCCAAGGAGGGAUGCAGAAUAAAGGAGGAAUCAGCUGGGCAGAUGUUUUAGUGAGGAGAGGGGAGGAGGUACAAUAAAGUGAGUAGAAGGAUAUUUGGUAAGUGGGCCAGACUAAAAGCACUGGGUGAUGUUUGGAAAGAUGGGCUAGAGCCCAAGUGUGGAGGUGAGAAGGAAGGGUUAGUUUCAAUUAGCAGUGGCAGUGCUUCAAAGGGCUCCCAACAGAAGACUGUCAUGCUAAGAAAUGAGCAAUCAGAAGUUUAGAUGUAUAGAAUAAAAAUCCAAAAACAACUUCAAUGUUGGCAUUAGUUUGGGUCCUCUUGAGAAACAUACUCUGAGAUGGUAUUAAGUGCACAAAAGUUUAUUAGGGGAAAGAAGGACCUUGAGAGAAAUGGAAGGAGGUGGGAGAAGCAGGGAGAGCCUUCAGACUUCCUAUGAGUCUGAUCCUAAGGGAAGGAAGAAAGGAAAGUUGUACAUAGUUCUGAAGAAAGUUAUGCAAGGCUGUCUGGAAGAUCUCCAGCCAAAGUCACUCAUCAGAGGAACACUGACUCCAAGAAAUGCGCCUGUCUAAGUACAUUUCUGGCAUUCACUUAUUGACUGGGAGUGACCCAUAGGAAGUGCAGUCUUGCAUCAAAGAGAUGAAUUGAUUUCAGAGCACAGCAGCUGAGGUCCUUGGCAAACUGUGCUCCCUACAGUCCCAGAUCUGAGAGGCAUACACACAUGACUGCACAAACUCAACAAAAUAGAUUUAAAAUGCCAUAUAUGGGAAUGCUCUGAAGCUAUUAAAUAUGAUUUUGUCAAACACAUAAUGAUGUGGACAGAAAUGAGGUAGAAUCUUUUUAUUUUGCAAAUGAUUCAAUGAAGAGAGUUCAUUAAUGAGGUGUAGAAAGAAAAUGAAUAGAGCUAAAACCUGUGUUACUGAGAAUUACGAGUUUAAAAUAAAUAGGAAUCACAACAGGAGGAAUAAUUGAGGUGGGGGAGUGCAUAAUGAUUUGCUUUUGAUUAUGCUGAUCAAUCUCACUACACUACACAUUCUAUACUUAAACUGGUUUAUUUUGCUGCACAGGAAUGCUAUUACAUUUCAUCAGAAAAUGUCCUAUUCAGUUCUUCUGGUUGAGU